AUGCUAUAUCUACUAUUAUUUUUUAUAAAUUUGACUUUUCCGAAUUUUAUCAGAGCUCAAGAUGAUUAUGCACUGCCUUCUGGAUUCUCAAGUGCUGAAUAUGGACAUAAUGAGGUGAAAAAUAGGCGGGAUUUCAGAAAAUUGAAAUCAAACAAUUUUUUCUCCCAAAUCAUUCAAAUUCAAUUUUUCCAGGCUCCCGGUCCAAUUGCCUCUUCUUGUUUAGCUCGAAUUAGACUUGCAGCCUCAUUUGAUCCAAAUAUUCCAACUCAAAUCAAUCGAUAUUUAGAUUCGAUGCGAUUCGAUAAAUUGAGAUCUUUUGUGUGUGAAAAAGUGAGUUCUCGAAAAAAAAUGUCUCUGGAAAUUCUGUAUUUUUUCGUGCAGACUGCCUAUUUUUGCGAUGAACAACAACAACAUGAAGUUGGGGAAAUCUUUAGAAAUCAUCAAAAAUCGAUGGAUAUUGUGGAAAAUGUAAGAUCACAAUUCAGUUCGACAGAGAAGGAUCAAUUAAAUAUGAUGGAGAAUUUGAAUGAUUCGCUAGCGGAACAGGCUUUUUAUGUUUAUAAGUUCCAUGUGAGUUGGGAAGGUCAAAGGAAAAAUUGAAACUCAAAUUUGAAUUCGAAUUUCUGGCGUCAGAAUCUUGUCUAGGGUUAUAAGGUCUGAAGAAAAACGUAAAACUACGCCACCAAGAUUAUUAAAAUUUGAAAUUUCUAGAAUAUUUUUAUUUCCCCUCUCCCAAUCUUUCUAUCCCCAAAUAUUGUUCCAGCAACUUCCUCCACUUACUCUCGCCAUUCUAACUGCCACCAAAUCUACUCUAACCACCGCUUUAUCCCAAAACCAACCGGAUCCGAAUCUUUCGCGUGCAAUGGGCACAUUUUCCCCCGCCGAUUUACUGACUCUACAAAAUAUGUCACCUGCCGAUUUUCCCGAAGAAAUUCGAGCGCAUUUGGCGAAAUGCCAAAUUACAUCACAUGACGUGCUUCAGGACACAAUCUCGUUUUUGUUGGCGCUCAGAAAUUCGAAAAUGGGAAGUUAUUCGAACUCGAAAUAA